CCAUGCCAUCAGCUCGUUCACGUGAAGGUCGGUAUAUAAAAGGGAGCCGCACACCUACCGUCCGCUCACUCUUCUUUACUCGUGCGAACUGAGCAGACAUGAGAGUCUUGACAUUGGUGUUGAGCCUGGCGGCGUGCGCGGCGGUGGCGCUCGCCCAGGAGGGGGCCGGUGAUGACUUAUACGAUUACUACUACGACGACCUGGUCGACGAGGGCGCCCCGGCGGAAGCGGCCGCCGACAAGGCUGCACCUAAGGACGGUGAGGUCGCGCCUGCGGCGGCCGAGGAGGCGCCCGUGGAGGAGCCCACCACCACGCCGGCGCCGCGGACGACGGCGGCCGCUCCCAAAAGCCGCCGCCGACUAGUCAACCUCGCCAGGAACGCGAGGAACCGCAACCGCACCCAAACCACGAAGCGGCCCCGCCCCCCGCCCUCCACCACCACGCCCUCCCCCGACGCCGCCAGCUCGGGCCCGCGCCGAGGAGGCUCCCGCCGCACCAGCUCGGCCGGCCGCGGAUCCGCAGCCACCGAAGUCGCCGAGGAACCCAGCGGCAACCGGUUCCGGCCCUCCCGCCGCGGCCCCUCGCGCUCCUCCGGCGCCGCUAGCACCACGCCCGAGCCCGAGGCCACCACCCACCGCUUCAGCCGCGGGCGUGCCUCCUCGCGCCGAGCGGGCGGCAGUAGGACCCGCCCCGAGGAGACCACCGAAGCGACCGAAGAGGCAAGCAACAGCAACUCCCGCCCAAGUGUCCCAAGAAGGAGAUCUCGCCCAAAGCUCCGUCUGAGGCCCAAGUUCAGACCUGGCCCCUUCACAACCGAACCUACAACCACAACCACAACUACGAGCACAAACACAACCUCUACUCCAGCUCCCGUUGUGGAAGUUGAAGAGCCUACAACCACAAGCCCAGUGACAGAAGAUAUUGAGACUACCCCAAUGGCUGUAGUUCCUCCCUCUCCUCCUCCCCCACCUCCUUCCACUGAGGAUGAGGUCAUGACAACUAUUGCUCCAUUACCAGUGAUCACUGAAGCCACGACAACAGCACCUCCCCCACCUUCCACUCCUGAAACCACAACUACUACCACAACUACAAGUACGACUACGACCACAACCACAACCACAACCACAACACCGCCUCCCCCACCCCCUCCCCCAGUCACAGAAGCCGAGGCCUCCUCCCCCAUCCCUGAGGAUUUAGCCGUCACUGAGAGCUUAAGGCAAACAAGGAGAGGGUCUUCAAGAUAUAAGGCACCACAGCCUCCUUCCCAUCCAAUUGUUGAAACCACCACAGCAUCAGGCGUUAACAUAUUUGCUCCACCUCUAUCAGAAUCGGGAGAGACAAGCAGUUCCCCUCACUCUGACUCUGCCAACAAUGCCUCUGUGGGAGGACCAAAUACUGAGACAACACAAAGACCUCUUACAGCAAUGGAAAUCUGGCAGCUGGCCUUUGAUAAGGAACUGGAAGCCAGGGCAAGAGAGGAAGAAGCUCGGGCAGAAGAGCUCAAGCGGAGAGAACUUGAACUCCAGGCUCGAGCAAGGGAAGAAGAGGCACGCGCAGAAGAACUGAAGCGCAGGGAGCUGGAGCUGCAGGCAAGAGAGAGAGAAGAGGUGGCAAGAGCUGAGGAGCUCAAGCAAAGGGAGUUAGAUCUCCAAGCCAGGACCGAGGAAGAGGUGGCACGUGAAGAGGAGCUCAAGCGGAGGGUGUUAGAGCUUCAGGCUCGAGCAAGAGAAGAGGAGCGUCGCGAAGAGGACCUGAAGCAGAGGAAAUUUGAACUCCACACCAGAGCUUUAGAAGAAGUGGCACGUGAAGAGGAAAUGAAGAGGAGGGAGCUUGAACUACUGGCCUUAGAAGAUGUGUCCCCACAUGAAGAAGUACUGAAGGAAACAGAACCUGAUAUCAGAGAAAGCUCACUUUUAGUCAGAUCAAGAAAUGGCAAGGUCUCCCUUGUGCACGAACCAGUGCAAACGACAGAAGAACCUAUAAAUGAAAAUGACCGUGUGCAGAGAGCAAGGAACAGGGCAAACAAUUUCAGAAGACGUGUCAGACCUGGAGGAAGAACUUAUGAUGAUAUUACUAGGCAAUAAAAAAAAUAUUUAAACACUGUCAAUACAUAUAUAAAUGAAUAAAUAAAUAAAUGCAUAUAUAUAUAUAUAUAUAUAUAUAUAUAUAUAAAUAUAUAUAUAUAUAUAUAUAUAUAUAUAUAUAUAUAUAUAUAUAUAUAUAUAUAAGAUAAGCUUAUUUAGUUUGCUUUUGUGCUUUGAUUUAGUAUGAGUGUGUAAAUAGUGUGUCUAUUUCCUUAUGUAUGUUCUGCUCUUUAUACAAAUGUCUGUUUCGUAUUUCACUUCUUGGGAUGUACUGAGAAUUAUUUAAUAUUUUCAAAUAAGUUUACAGGUUGCAACAUAUUUCUUUUCCUUUUGACAGGUUCUAGCAUUAAAGUUCCAAAGCUGUUUACUUGAUUUUAAAAAAUCUAAUGUUCAGCUCCUUUGGCAAUAAAUCCUAUUUUAAAUA